AUGAUAAAUAGAAGUAUUUCUUCCACCAACAGACUUCUUGGAGCCAGGGUAUAUGCUGAGUCUCAUGAAUGGGUGCUAAUGAAUGAAAAUACUGCAACUGUUGGGAUCAGUGACCAUGCUCAGGGCAUGUUAGGAGAUGUGGUGUUUGUUGACCUACCUGAGGUGGGAGAUACAGCAGAAGCUGGAAAUGCCUGUGCAACUGUAGAAAGUGUGAAAGCUGCCUCAGACAUAUAUGCCCCUGUAUCAGGAGAAAUUGUUGAAGUGAACACAGCGCUUGAAAAUGAACCUUCUCUUAUUAAUACUAGCCCAUUAGAUAAUGGCUGGUUGUUUAAGGUAAAAGUACAAGAUGGUGAACAACUCAGUGAACUCAAGUCAGAAGACCAGUAUCUUGCUACUAUAGAGGAUGAGUAGGAGAAUAUUAACUUAAAGGGACUCAUCCUAUGAUAGCAAGUAGUGCUCAAUAUGUACAUAAAGGGGCUAAACCCAUGAAAGGAACAGAAUUAUGGUGAUUUUAAAAGAGAAUGAUAUAAAAAGGCUGUC